AGUUAUGGCCGUGUGGAUCCAAGCUCAACAACUUCAAGGAGACGCUCUAAGACAAAUGCAGGCCUUAUACGGACAACAUUUCCCCAUAGAGGUUCGCCAUUACCUCUCCCAGUGGAUUGAGGCACAGCCAUGGGAUUCUAUAGACCUUGACAAUCCUCAGGAGGGUGUCAGAGCUGCACAAUUGUUGGACGGACUGAUCCAGGAACUUCAAAAAAAGGCAGAGCACCAAGUGGGCGAGGAUGGCUUCCUUCUAAAGAUCAAACUAGGCCAUUACGCUACUCAGCUACAGAAUACAUAUAAACACUGCCCUCUGGAGUUAGUACGCUGUAUUCGACACAUCCUAUACCACGAGCAACGACUAGUUCGAGAAGCUAGAAAUAGCCCAUUACUAGCUAGCAGCAUGGCUGAUGCCGUGACUCAAAAGCAUCUUCAGAUCAACCAGACUUUUGAUGAAUUACGCCUGAUCACCCAGGACACUGAGAACCAACUGAAAAAGCUUCAGCAGCAUCAGGAAUAUUUCAUCAUCCAGUACCAAGAGAGCCUUCAUCUACAAGCCCAAUUCACUCAGCUCUCUCAGCUAAGCCCACAGGAACGUAUGGUCCGUGAGCCUACUCUGCAGCAAAAAAAGUCAUCUCUGGAAGCUUGGCUACACCGGGAGGCUCAGACACUGCAACAGUAUCGUGUAGAACUGGCUGAAAAGCACCAGCAGACACUGGCUUUGCUUCGCAAGCAGCAGACUAUAAUCUUGGAUGAUGAGUUGAUCCAGUGGAAGAGGAGGCAGCAACUAGCAGGAAAUGGUGGCCCUCCUGAGGGGCCUUUAGAUGGCCUGCAAGCAUGGUGUGAAAAACUGGCUGAAUUCAUUUGCCAGAACCGCCAACAAGUACGCCGUGCUGAACACUUAUACCAGCAGCUGCCUAUUCCUGGACCCAUUGAGGAGUUGCUCUCAGAUGUUAAUGGCACUGUCACAGACAUAAUUUCUGCUCUAGUCACUAGCACAUUCAUAAUAGAAAAGCAGCCUCCACAGGUGCUAAAGACUCAGACUAAGUUUGCAGCAACAGUACGGCUGCUGGUUGGAGGAAAGUUAAAUGUUCAUAUGAACCCCCCACAAGUAAAGGCCACCAUCAUCAGUGAGCAGCAAGCCAAAGCUCUACUGAAGAAUGAGAGUACCCGCAAUGAGUCCAGCGGUGAUAUCUUGAACAAUUCCUGUGUUAUGGAAUAUCAUCAGGCAACUGGAACACUGAGUGCUCAUUUCCGCAACAUGUCCUUGAAGCGGAUCAAGCGUUCAGAUCGUCGUGGUGCUGAGUCAGUGACUGAGGAGAAGUUCACCAUUCUUUUUGAGUCUCAUUUCAGUGUAGGUGGCAAUGAGCUGGUAUUCCAGGUGAAGACAUUAUCUCUGCCUGUGGUGGUAAUUGUGCAUGGCAGCCAGGAUAAUAAUGCCACUGCCACAGUGCUGUGGGACAACGCUUUUGCAGAGCCAGGACGUGUGCCCUUUGCUGUGCCAGACAAAGUGAUGUGGUCCCAGCUGUGUGAGGCCCUCAACAUGAAGUUCAAGUCUGAAGUCCAGAGCAGUCGUGGACUCACCAAAGAGAACUUCCUCUUUCUUGCCCAAAAGCUCUUCAAUAGCAGCAUGAAUCAUCUGGAAGAUUAUAACAAUAUGACUGUCUCCUGGGCUCAGUUCAACAGGGAGAAUCUUCCAGGGCGAAAUUAUACAUUCUGGCAGUGGUUUGAUGGAGUGAUGGAGGUCCUGAAGAAACAUCUGAAGCCUCACUGGAAUGAUGGGGCUAUUCUAGGUUUUAUCAACAAGCAGCAAGCACAUGAUUUGCUAAUCAGCAAACCAGAUGGAACUUUCCUCUUGAGGUUCAGUGAUUCUGAAAUUGGAGGGAUUACAGUUGCCUGGAAGUUUGAAAAUGCUGAGAGAAUGUUCUGGAACUUAAUGCCUUUCACCACCCGUGACUUCUCCAUCCGCUCCCUGGCAGACCGCCUUGGUGAUCUCCCAUAUCUCACUUAUGUGUAUCCUGACAGACCCAAGGAAGAUGUUUUCUCCAAAUAUUAUAUGCCAAUCACUUCAGCAAAGGCUAUAGAUGGAUACGUAAAGCCGCAGAUCAAGCAAGUUGUACCAGAGUUUGCUGCCUCAUCAGGAGACUCUAUUGGUGUAGGGACUUCCUACAUGGAACAAGCAUCCUCACCGGCUGUUUGCCCUCCUGCUCCUCACUACAACAUGUACACACAAAAUCCUGACUCAGUGCUGGAUCCAGAAGGAGACUUCGACUUGGAUGAUUCAAUGGAUGUGGCACGACAUGUGGAGGAAUUGCUGAGGCGCCCCAUUGACAGCCAGUGGAUCUCCCAUAAUCAGUCUUGAUCCUGCCCCUUCCCUGGAGAGACCAUGAGGCAACUGUGAAAUAUUAGAAGCACUUCCCUGAGGGAGUUUGUAGCUGCUGCAAGAAUGGGUUUCCUCACCCUGUGGGGAAUCUCUGGCUGAGAGGGUAAGAUACCAAAGGGACAGUGGGUGCUGUUUCUCCCCUCACCCAUGUGGGGAAGGCAGUAGAGUGUUUUGCUUGAUUUUCCAUCUGCUCUUCUGAGAAGCUUGCCUCAGGCUUUCCGCUUCUGCACACCGUCUCCUUCUGCCAAGCUAUCAUUUCAUUUAUGCUGGGAACCCUUCU